UUACCGGAAUUUAAAACAUCUUAUGGAUUGUAAACUUUUUUUCUUUAUUUCAAAUAGUGGGAACUUUGUUCUGUGGUAAAUGGUAAGAAAUAAGUGGUAUUACUUUUUGAUCAAAUGACUGUUAUUGGAUUUUUAUGUUUUGUUUAGGUAUUGAUGAGGAAUGUGUGGAAUUAAUACUAUUUCUAAUCAAAUGACUGUUGUCGGAUUUUUAUCUUUGUAUAGUGCCAGUUAUGCAAUAACCGAUACAAGUAAUAUCACAGAAAUGGAACUUAUUACCGUAGCCCUUGAAGAGAUGUUGAAUAAUUAUGACAAGAGGAUACGGCCUGGAUAUGGAGGUGAACCAGUCGACGUGCAGUUAAAUCUUAAUAUACGAUCGCUAGGGCCUAUAUCAGAAAUGGACAUGGCCUUCACAAUGGACUGUUACUUCCGCCAAGUAUGGACUGAUCCAAGAUUGGCAAUGGGAAGUUCCUAUAGCAACAAUUCUAAAUCUGAUGAAUUUAUUCAAUUAAGCAUUAAGAUUUUAGAAAGAAUUUGGUACCCAGACACCGUAUUUUAUAAUGGAAUGAAAUCCUAUCUUCACACCAUUACUACUCCAAACCGAUUCAUCAGGAUAUACAGAGAUGGCAAAAUUUUGUUUUCACAACGAUUAACCGUUAGAGCAAAUUGCAAAAUGGAGCUUAGAAAAUACCCGCUUGAUGAACAGAACUGUCCAUUACAUAUAGGGAGCUUUGCAUAUUCAACAAAAGAUGUAACGUAUUUAUGGCGCCAUGAAAACCCAGUGGAAAUGCCAAAGGAUAUGAGACUGUCGCAAUUUGAUCUCCUAGAAACCCCUUUCAAUUAUACGUCUGUGAAUUUCUUUAAAGGUGCAUGGCAUACAGUACUUUCAGUAGAUUUUCGAUUAAGUCGUCACCUUGGGUAUUUUUUAAUCAAUGUUUACGUUCCGUGCUGUUUGCUUGUUAUAUUAUCCUGGGUUGCCUUUUGGAUCAACAGAGAAGCCACAGCCGAUAGGAUAGCUCUUGGUACAAUGACUGUGUUAACUAUGACAUUUCUGGGCCUAGAGUCGCGUAGUGAUUUGCCUAGGGUGUCCUAUACAACAGCCUUAGACAUUUAUAUAGCCAUGGCCUUUUUCUUUGUUCUGGCAACAAUGGUUCAAUUUGCUGCUGUGCAUAAUUAUACAAAGCAUGGAUAUGGUGAGCCACUUCCACAACCUCCAGAAGGUCACGUGACUGGUGACGAGGACGAAGAGGAACGGGAAAACUUGCUUCCUGCAAGAAGGCCGGGGGCACGAACAGCUCGAUUAAAACGCCAACGUGCUCAUCGAGGACAUUCACAUGCAAACGGAGGACACCAUUUUUCCCGUGCGUCAAUGAAAAGAGCCGCCUCAAAAGUAUGGAGAAGUUUAACAAGACUUUCUAAGAAAAAGGAACCAGAGGACCAAAGAAAUAGUGUUAGCAAAAUAGAUAGAGCUGCAAGGAUAUUAUUUCCAUUGGCUUUUUUAUUAUUUAACGUACUUUAUUGUCUAAUAUACUACUCAUUAUAGCGAUAAAGUAUCAUGUAAGUCUUAUUUAAAUUAAGUUUUGACGAGAAUCAAUUUGUGAAAUAAAAAUUAAUUAAUGUAUCAGUUAACAAUGAAUUAUGAUUCUCAAAAUGUCAAAAGUGUAUACAUACAAUAAGCUUUGUGCAGUCGUGCUAGUUAUAAGAUGAAUGUUUCAUAUCAAAUCAGAGUUCUAUGACAAUUCUCACCAAAAACAAAAACACACGCAGAAAAUAAUAAGAACACCCUUAAUAUGAUAUUAUAUUUAUAUUGCAGCUGUCCUUUUAUUAUUUCAAAAAAAAUCAGUUAUUUUUAUAAAUUAUUACAAUAAAAAACAAUAAAAACAAUAACAAAGAUUGUAGACAAAAUAUUCGCGUAAACCAAAUGUGCAGUCAAUGUUCUGAACUGACGUCAUUUUGAAAUGAUAAAUAAUUAAAAAUAAGAGCAGUAUCCAAUUAUAUUCUGGGAUUUGCACAGCAUUUCGUCUCUUUACACCUCUGAUGAAUUUGGAAUAGUGUGCAAAGGUGUUAAUAAAAAGCGAAUACAAGGAGAAUAUAUAUUCCAAAGAUUACUAGCUACAUGCAGAGAAAAAUUCGUUAUGCAGAGGAAGAUAAUAAAUAUGCAACUGUAUCUUUUAUAACAUUGUUGAAAUUCCUUUCUGUACAUCUCUAAUUGCUUAUUUCAGCGUUAUAGUUGUUAGUUUUAAGAUUGUUUUCAAUACAUAGUUAUGUCUAAAAACGUUUGAAUAAAUGGUGCUUCUU